GGAUGAAUAAAACUAAAUUUUUUGAUGCUAAAAAAUGUAGCUAGUGGUGUGUUUUGCAAUAGCAAAUCAUUGGCUAGGCUUCUAACCACUGAAUGCACCACUUGUGAAGUUUUUAGUGUUUCAAAAUUGGAAAAAAAAAAUCAAUUGGCAAUGGACAAAAAAAAAAUAAUCAGCAACGGACAAAAAUAAAUCAAUCGGCAAUGGACGUUGGAAGGCUGAUUUCUUCAAUAUAUAUAUAAUUUAUGGAUUUCUCCAUUUAGGUUUGAGUAGAUAAUUUCUCAUGCAUUGCCUUGGGUGGUAUGUUUAAUCACAUCAGCUUAUACAAUACAUUGAGUGGCCGCGACUGAAUGGAACUCAAAAGGUCAGGAGAUUUCAGUUAUAUAUAUAUAUAUAUAUAUAUAUGAUCCCCCAACUUCCUUAGUUUAUUGGGUAAAAUGGGCAACCAGCCCUAGAAAUUAGAAUGUGGCGCAGAGAACUAUCAGACCCAGUUGGGAUUGAUUCUAGAACAUAUAACUUUUGACCGACCAAGCUUUGGGAUUGAUUCUAGAACGUAUAACCUUGACCGACCAAGCUUUUCUUCAAAGUAAAAAGAAAUAAAUAAAGGGCAAAAUUGAUGUACGAAGUCCCUUUCUACAUAAGCCACAAUUUUCCAAAUGCAUACGCAAAGGAAGGACUAGACGAGACGACCAGCGUAGAGCACAAGCUAUUUUAGUUGAAAGGGUCGUUGUCAUGAUAAGGUAUCUAAAACAGAGCAAAGUAUAACGGGCAUCGCGUAUGCGGAUGGUUAUGAUGCCUUUGAGAUUAUUAAAAUAUUUUCCCAACUUACUUGUUCAUUAAAAAUGUUUUUAGUGACGAUCGCUAAGCUUUUUAACCUGAAUACUAUUUGGGUUACUUUCAUUUUGGAAAAAACCAUGAAUUUUAAUUAGGUACUGAAUUCAUCAUGGUCCGUAGGCAGUAUUUGAUCUGCCUAGCCUCAUUUUAUCUAUGAAAAAAAGAAUAGCUGAUUUCAAAUUCAUAGCGUUUUGAUUACUUCGAAUUUGAAGUUCAUGUGGAUAUGAAGUGACAUAUUUUUAUUGAUACACUAAAAUAUUCAUAAUUCAUCAAACCAAGGUUCUUAGAUCAAACGCAAGAUCUAUAUUUAAGAUUUUUGUUUGUUUUCCUUUUUUAUAUUGCAAAAAGGUUGGUUUCAAGAGAUCAAGAAGGUCAGGUCUGAAAUCCAUAAUUUUCAAAUCUUAAAAGCCUCAAAUCCAAAGCUAUGAAACACAUUGUAUGAGUAAGUUUUGAAGGGCAAGCACGCGGUGACCAGAGAAGUAUGUCCGGCGCUCUUCCUAAUUCCGCGGUCCCAGUGUGGAAAUGCUUCUUGAAACAGAGUACCUUUUAGUCAAUCCAUGGCAACUAUUUGUUUGUAUCUGAAGACGCCCGGCCAUCGCCGGCGAUUGCGACGUUGAUCUCCCUUUCUCUUCCUAGAAUUUCAUCAACUGCUCCUGAUUUAUUUUUCCCCUCAUCGUCUUCCCAGAAUGAUGCUUCUGAUGCAACCCCCACCAAAUACAAAAACAACAUCCCUUUCUCCCCUCACCAGCAAUUGCCUCCCUUCCAUGGCGGAUUGUCACAGGGGAGAUCAUGACACUUCUCUGAGUUCCGAGGGCAAAAGAAAGAGAGAGAUGGAUCCUUCGAUAUGGAGUCAGCUGCCGAUUGAACUCCUGGAGCAGGUCCUGGCCAGGCUGCCCCCUCAUUUCUUCCUCCUCCUCAGACCAACCUGCAGACACUUCAGCACCCUCAUUCUCUCCCCUUCCUUCCUCUCCCUCCACUCCCCGCUCAAGGCCUUCUCCCCUCCUUUCUCCACCCCCUACCUCCUCCUCUCCCACCCUCUCUUCCACCCCAACCUCCACCUCUACGACUUCCUCCACGACCAAUGGAGAUCCAUCUCCCUCCCCUUCCCUUCUUCCCUCUCCAUCCUCUCCGCCUCCUCCGGCCUCAUCCUCUUCAAGGUUCACAAGUCUCCGUGCCUUGUCAUAUACAACCCCCUCACUAAAUCCUGCCGAUCUCUUCGGUUCUCCGACGGCGCCUCCGUCUCCCACGCCUCCAUCGCUGCCUCACAGCCUUCUGAUUACGACAUCGUAGCCACUAAUUCUUCCGCGGCAUUCUAUAUUUACAGUUCUCGCCGCCGCCGGUGGAGCUGGAUUCAGCCUCCUGACGGGUCCCCGCUGAAGAACGGAAAACAGGAACCGGUAUUCUGCAACAGCACCUUCUACAUCAUCGGCUCGGACCAAUUCUCGGUUAUGGGGUACAGAGCAGAGAGUGGGAAGUGGGGAAGGGUGGCGCCGGAGCUUCCUGCUUCGUUGGUAUUUCUUCGGCUGGCGAGCUGCCAGGGGAAGGCGUACGUGGUCGGGGGGAUGGGGGAAAACGGGAUCUGCAGGAGCUUGGGAGUAUGGGAGGUGGAAGAAGAAGGUGGGGAGGUGGUGGAGUUGCAGAGGCUGCCGGAGGCGAUGUGCAGGAAGCUAGUGGGGUUAUGUUACCACAACUAUGAGCUCAUUCACUGCGUCGGCCAUGGAGAUUUGGUGUGCGUCUAUUCGUCCAUUGCCCCACAAGUUCUGGUUUACAUGGUGUCCAGGAGGACCUGGCAUUGGCUCCCCACAUGCCCCUCUGUGCCACAGACGUGUGCUGCAGGGUUCAGGUGGUUCUCUUUCUCACCUAGUUUGUACUCCCUUGUCUGAGAAGGAACUAUUUUUCCUCCACUCCUUUUCAUCCUUCAUUUUUCCUCUUUUUUAUAUAAAAAAUAAAAAGAAAUAGAUUGUAUGUGGUAGACUUUAAUGAUCUUUAAUCUUAAUUUAAGAAAGAGAUAAAAGAUUGGACCA